GCAGCGACCGGACCGAGGUUAGUAUCCAGUGUGUGCUUCAACUGAAAGGCGGUCAAUAUUUGAGUGGAGCGCGUGAUUCCCAAAUCAUACGAGAACGAAACUAAGUUUUAGUGUAGUGGACACAUUCGUCGAAAGUGCUAAUAAACCAAUCAGCAAACCAUGGCUCCUCUUGUGCUGUACCAUUUUCCCAUGUCUCCACCAUCUAGAUCGGCUUUAUUGGUAGCUCGCAACCUCGAGUUGGACGUUGAGGUCAAAAUUUUGAAUCUGAUGCAAGGCGAGCACUUGCAGGAAGAGUUCGUGAAGAUCAACCCUCAGCACACGGUUCCAACACUCGUCGACGAUGAUUACGUUCUGUGGGAAUCGAAAGCAAUUGCAACCUACCUGGUUGAGCAGCACAAGCCAGACAGUACAUUGUACCCUGCGGAUCCGAAGCUACGAGGUAUCAUCAACCAGCGACUGUAUUUUGAUUCGACGGUCCUGUUUUCCCGUGCCUAUAAUGCAUUCGCCCCUCUGAUGCGCCAGGGUGAAACAAGUAUUCCCCAGGAUAAGAAGGACGCCGUCAAGGGCGCUCUUGUUACGUUGGAUGGUUAUCUCGACGGUCAAGAAUGGGUCGCCGGUGAAAACACCACCGUAGCUGACUUGUGUUUACUGGCCACUGUGUCAUCUCUGGAGAAACUUGGUGUCGACCUGACUGAGCUAUCGAAUGUAACUGCCUGGUUGAACCGUUGCAAAUCUCUGCCAGGAUACGAAGAGAACGAAGAGGGUGCAAAUAUCUUCGGAAACGCUUUGAAGUCCAAGCUGCAGGAACCUUACUAACUAUCACCUGUUUCCAUGAAAUAAUCUCAAACAAAUGUUUUCAAAAUGUAUUUAUUAUGAGGUCAACAUAUUAAAACAUUACAAACACGAUAAUGUUUGUAGAUUGUAUGUAACACGAAAAAAACAGUUUCAAACAAGAACAUGUAAUAAAGUAUUUGAAAUCAA